AUGUCGUCCGAACAAGUCCGUCCAGUGAUUGAAUGUCUUUGUCAGAUUCUUUCAUUACACGGCUUUUCAAUGAUCACAUUCGAAACGUUUCAAUUAGCAAAGUUUAAUCAAAAUCAAUCGACUUUACCGUUGUGGAGAUUGAUCUAUGAAAUGUUACAUUUCGAUCAUCUUGCGACUAGUCAAAACUUUGAUAAUGACAAAUUUACUCAAACACCGAAAGGUGUAAUUGUUGAUCAAAUCAAACGUGAUCUUUUCAAUCGUGGCUACACAUAUGAACAUUUUUUGUCCUUGGACCCAAACAUGCAAACAGGGAGUCAACAAUUACUUGUUUGUGUGGGUUGGCUUAUCUAUCAUUUGAACCUGAUUGAUCAGUGUAUGCGACAAUCGCUAACUUCGAUCUCUGAUGAUAAUGAUAAAACUGAUAAAGCUGAAUUAAUCGAACAAAUUAAACAAACAUUUUAUUCCAAUUCCAAAAUUCGCUCACGCUUACAAGCUCUCGAUCGCAUCGAUAAUCCUGACAAUCGUCGUUUUUCAUCAUUCGAAUUACAACUUCAUCGAUAUCCUCAUCUGAUCACCAAAUACAUAAAUGAACUUGAUGAAGAACAACAUAAACUGAGUUUAUUUCUAUUUUGGGAUAAACAUGAAAAUAUCUUUUGGAAAUGGAUGGAAAGUGUGCUCGAUCAGCCAAGUACAAGUGUUGAGAAUGAUCAGUUGGCAGAUAAAAUUGAUUAUCGAUAUCUGGAAGCCGAAAAACAAAAAUUCAACGCUGCUGUUGAUACCUUAGACAAUGCAUUGGUUCGAUUGAAACACUUAUGGAUAUCGAAUGAUGAUCAUACCUUAAUUGAACGCGAUGUUUCAACAAUUGUUGCGUCUAUUGAUCAGCAAAUUUCUUCUCUUUUUCAACAGUUAUUAACUAACAAUCAUUGA